AUGUCUAUCGUUCGACAGACCGAGCUUACAGCGGCGACCAUUGACCCUGCUGCAGAGGUUUACAAUGCAGCCUUUAACGUACGCACCUUUUACGUUAUCCGCGCUGUCUGGGGGGACGUGCCCGCCGAGGAGGUGGACCCAAUCCAGCUCCUCAAGCUGAAGCAGCAUGUGUACCGUGCAAUCUGCAACCACGAGGUGUACGGAGCAUACCUUGAUGGUUCUCAAGCACCUGCGGCCAUCAUGGUCCUCAAGCGACCGGUGGACGGGAACAACCCGCCCAACAACAAGCUCCCUACACCGUAUGAUGCCGAAUUGGACGCCUACUUUCCUCCAGACGCUGCCGCAAGAGAGCAAGAGGCAAGCGAUCCUUUAUUGGAAGACCACACGGCUACCUUGAAGAAGCAGUCGUGGAAGUCGCAGGGCACGCUCAACUACCAUAUCUCAUAUCUUGCUACCAAUCCAUCUGCACAGCGAAAGGGCCUCGCUUCACGGCUGGUCAGGUUCGCGCUGGAGCGCGCAAAGAGUGAGGGCCGUGAGGUGUCUCUGACAACUCACAGUCGGGAGAAUGUCGAUUUUUACGCGCGAUUGGGUUUCAACGUGAAGGGUUCGGCAGAGUGGGAUAUUGGCAACACGCCGUUUACAUGGUGGUGUCUCUCAACAGACAUGGCGAAAACGGGCAGCGGCACAGACCCAUAG